UGCGGCUGGAGGAGAUGCAGAGUUGCUGCGGGCGGGGGAGGAGUCGCUACAAUGUUGCCCAGCUCGCUACAGUGUUGCCCCCAAAGAGUGGCUAUAGUGUAGCCCAGCUCACUCCAGUGCAGCCGCUCGGCUGAGCCGGGGAGCCGGAGCCUCCGCCUUAAAGGGACGGGACGGGAAAGGAAGGGAAGGGAAACUACUCUCCUCUCCUCACUCGCUCGCACAAUGUAGCGAAAAGAUGGCGGAAACGGCCGAGGCUGACGUCAGCGCGGCCCGAAGAGCGGCCGGGCAGCAAGAAGGAUCAGCAAUGGCGACUGUGGAGCGGAGACUACCCAGUCCCGAGGCGCUGCUGGGACAGCCUUGGACCCACUGGAUCGAUGCCGCCAAACACCAAGGGGCCGACGGCACCGAAUUGGAAGAAACUUUUAAGGAGUGCGGGAAAAACCGGGAGGUCAUGCGGUUGAGCAGGGAAGAUAUGCCAAUAUUUGGUCACUGCCCAGCACACGAUGACUUUUAUCUGGUGAUGUGUAAUCAUUGUAAUCAAGUUGUAAAGCCCCAGGCCUUCCAAGCACAUUAUGAGAGAAGACACAGUACGUCAAGCAAACCGCCUGUAACUUCUCCGACUUCUGCGUACUCUUAUUCUUCCGCGCUCUCCAAAAGCAGAGGUGGCAGCGACUGUGGGAGUAGCCGCUCAUCCGUCGGCACCUGCCCUUCGUCCAGCUCGAAGAUACAAAAAUCCCCCAAAGAUAAACUCCACAUCAGCAGCAUGAGCAGACCCUUCUACAUGGUUCAUCACGGCAGGAUGCACCACGACAAAAACAUGUCCACACUGGUGAAAGCAGAGAAGGUGCAUCCUAAUGUGAAGGUGGAUGGUCCGUUGUUGAAAGUCAUGCCUGUGCCCAUUAAUUCCACUACUGUGAGUGCUUCAUUAAAGACUGGCCUUAAUAAUCCCGCAAUACCAAAGGCACCCCUGUCCUCCGUCGGGCAGAUACCCAAUGGUAAGAAUCUUCUGUCGUCUCCGUCGCCCGCGGAGAAGAAACUUGAAGACCGUAAAAACACCAAGAAACCCUCUUCUCACAAGCGUUUGUCAGAAAGGGAGUUCGACCCAAACAGACAUUGUGGUGUUGUUGAUCUUGAAUCCAAGAAACCAUGUACAAGAUCUCUGACAUGCAAGACACAUUCCUUGAGCCAUCGGCGAUCAGUACUGGGUCGUAGGAAACACUUUGACCUAUUGUUGGCGGAGCACAAAAAUAAACCCAGGGAAAAAGAAUUGUAUAGAAUCUCCGAUCAUCACCACCAGACACCCCUUCUCAGGGAACUGCAUCCCUCGCCAUCGAAAGCUUCUCCGGAAUUGCACCUGAAUUCCCAUGGAAACGCUGCAUCGGAUGUAAAACAAAUGGUGUCUGGCAAAACCAAAUUUUACAAUUCAAGUCUUCCAAGGCCGGCCACAUGUACGUUACAGCACAGUGGCAACACCGUCGGUGAUACUGCAUCGGUACACGAACUGCACGCCUCACUUGCCGCACCGGACUCUGCAUCCAGGUUGUCUAGCGACGAGGGGGAAUGUGAGGAGAAGGAGGAGCUGGCGGAAAAACUCGACUGCCAUUAUUCUGGACAACACCCUCGGCCGGCUGCUAUUUGCACGUUUGGAAGUCGGCAGGUUGGCCGAGGCUGCUUUGUGUUUGAGAGGCGCUGGGACCACUUUCGAUGUGCACUUAGUUCCAUGGUCGAAAAGCAUCUUAAUUCACAAAUGUGGAAAAAAAUCCCCCCUGCGGUGGACAGUCCAACGUCGGGGCAGUGCAAUGCUCCCAGCAGCAGCAUGGUUCCCCCUCACCUGUCGCAUUCCAGUGUCGGUACUGCAGGUGUGGUCUCCUCCUCCCCUUCCUCAUUGUCAUCUCCACUGUUGGUGUCUUCUCCAUUCCUAUUGGCCAACAGUAAACCCGUGCCGUCAUAUGCAACUACUCUGACGGCUCACCCCGCUGCCUUGGGCUCUGCGGACCCAGCUCACUGUAUGCAAUCUAGACACGUACCUUCACCAUCUGCCAUGCCUUCUGGGCUCUCCUCGGUCCCCUCCCAUGUCUUCAACAAACCUCAGAAAGUGAAGCCCAGCAGGUCUUUCAAACCGAAAGAACCCCCGCCUACCAGCAACAACAGUAACUCCAGUAGCAACAAUAACAGCAACAGUUCUGGGAGGAGGAGGAAGAACAAUUCUGCACUGCCAUUGCAUUCUCCUUCCAUCUAUUCCGCCGAUGCCCCGAAGAAAAAUUGUGUGAAUUCCGGGAGUCUGGGGACGUCUAAUUAUUCGUCCGUUUCGUCGACUUACGGCAGCCCGCACAACGUUGGCCUGAACUGUACGAACAAGAUGAACUCUCUGGGCCUCAAGCACGAGCCGUCGGGGAAAGGGCUUCAGGCGGGGGCCCCUGCGGAGUCGAUUAAGCGGAUGAGUGUGGUGAUGAACAGCGGUGACUCCACCCUCUCGCUGGGGCCCUUCGUGCACCAGGCCAACGAGCAGCUGGCGAGCCCGCACGCCGCCUUCCCACAUCCCCACCCGCCGCUGGACAGGCUGGAAGGCCGGAAGCGGAAAGGUUCGCCGGGCUCCGCUGCCAUCCACGGCGGCAACAGGGCGAACAAGCUCGCCAAAGCGCCCGUGGUAAACAACGUUCACUCGAAGCAUCCCGGCGUGAUCCCAGGGACGCCGGGCCUCUCCAAUAACACUCUCCUCCACCAGCCAAAGGCUCGACCAUGAUAACCAAUGUUCUUCUGGAAGAAACUGGACAUCUUAUUUUGAAAUCAGAAGUAGGCACUCUGAACUGCACGAAGCCUUGGAGUUUUCGCAACCUCCCUUGUUCCUCAGGUCUGUGGAUAGUAUAAUCAAAAUUACAGGUUUCGAAGCCAGGUUUGUGGAAUCCUCACAGCGUGGUGCACAUCUUAAAUUGAGUUGACAUGGACUUCCUGGCUAGAAAAUGGGCUUGCAAUUGUUCAAAUCAGUAUUAAGUAUUAGGUACCAAGCUAGAAGAUUGACUACUGAUCUGCGAUUUAUGCAAAAGGUGCAGUUUUUAGACUAUUUACUGCAGAAGGGCGCAUUUGCUAAACAGUUUGGAUGUUGAACUGCCAAAUGUUUAAGCAUCUUUACACGUUUAGUGGGAGUUCCGUAGCCCCUUGACAUCUACUGGAAAUUUCUAUCACAGAGCAGAUAUGUUGUAUUUAUUUCUUUCGCAAGCGAUAUGUGUACUUUGUCUACGUUUAAACUUUAAACCAGUUGCCAAGUAUGCCGACUUGUGUCAGGUAGUUACUUUGAAAUUUAUUUUUGUUAAGUCCACAAACCUUGGCUUUUUUUUUUUUUUUUGGAGCAGAAAAAUUGUGGAACUAAAAUAACAUCGGGAAGUCAGUCCAGCGAAUGAUUUAUUCAUUGUACUUCACACACACAUGAAUAAAUGGUGUAAAUUCUAACUGAUUCCUGGUUAGAAUUACAGCAGAAUGGAGAGUUGAAAAAGGUUGCAUCAGGUAUGGCGUUUCGAUGCAACAAUUUUUUUAAUGAAUAAAACAACGUUCUUUAAAUAGAUCUAUGAUUAAAUUUUGUGCGGUGAGCAUGGGGUUCAGUGGCAUUUGCAGCUUGGUCUUGCCUGUUUUUAUUUUUUUUUAAAGGCAAGAAAAUAACAAUUUGUAGUGAAUGCUGCUUCCACCCGAACAGUCUUAGUAGUCCACAUAAUUUUUGCACUAAUAGAUUAUAUCCAUUCUCCCAACUACACUGGAAUAGAUUUUAAUUUAACAAAAAGGGACAGUGUUGCAAGUUUGUCAAAGAAACAAUUUUUUUUUUAAAAGAUCGGUUUAAAUCAGGGAUUUCCAAAAGAAAAUUCCUCAAAAAUGCUUAAAAUGACCACUUUAGUGAAUAUUUGCACACAUUUCACCUAUUGGUCGACAAGUCGGGGAGCAUAUCAGAAUGAAAUUUUUUUUUUUCCCAAUAUCAGCUUUUAGUGUAGUGACUUUUUCUCCCAAAUCUUGAUGUUAAGGCAGAUGUGUGCACAGCGUGGAGAACGUGAGCAUAUACUAAUCGUCUGUUCAAUUCAUCUUCUCAGAUUUUUGUGGGCAGUGUCGUGAAUUCAAUAUAUAAAUUUUAAGAAACAUAAAAUAGUGUAUAGCUAAAAUACUCUUAGAAUCAUUGUUGGAUAAUUGUCAGAUAAACCAAUAAAAGGAUCUACUUAUUGCAAAUAGUUAUAGAGCAGUAUCUGCUGGAGACCCAGUAAUAAUGCCAUUUCCUUUUGGCCAUUUCCGAAAAGGCUAUUAAGGAAAUUCUUAAAGAAAAAUUCCCCUCUCUGCUGUAAUAAAUGUAACCUUAUGACUCCUAGUGGUUUUAGUUUUAAAACUGGCUUAAACUGAAGCUAGCUUGUUCCUUAUGCGACAGUUACCAAUUGUAACUCUGUUUUCUUACCCCAAUUUUCAACAAGCUGAGAGAAAGUAUGUCACGAUUUUUGUACCUUUUAUUUUGAAUUUUCUUGUUUAAUGGAUUAUACAAAAAAUAUGGAAAUAUCCCUAUUUCAGAAUGCAUAUUUUGUUAAAAUUGUACAUAUUAAACAUGUAUUUUUGCACAGGUCAUUUUCUUAUAUCCAGUUUUGGUACAAUUUUGAAAUCAUCUGGUAUUUAUUUAUUUAGGAAUUAAUAAUAAAUAACAGGUAAAAGUACCUUAUUGUUUAGAUAUUCACUGCCCAGCUAAUAAUGCAAAAUACCUACAGUAUAAGAUUUUUGGGGCACUUUUUAUAAAAUCGUUCGUCCAUUUUGGAAUUUGGGAGUGAAAUGAUUUAUUUUUUGGAAGUGGGGGAGGGGGAGAGAGAUAGCCUCAAAAAUAUUUCACUAAUAUAUUCAUUUGUUGUCUAAACUCCCAGUGUAACAAAUUCAUUAGAGAAAAAAAAAAUAUCAUCCCAGACCCAUCCGAAAAACCACUUGAACCUUUUUUUUGCAGCUUUUAGUCAAAAUUUAAAGUGCCUGAUAGUUGCUUCAAGAUGACUGUUUAAAUUGAACAUUUAAUUUAAAAAAAAGAAUGAAAUGUUCAACUGGAUUAGGAGCUUGCUUUUUCCACCUUGUGAGUUCCUAGUAUUUAUUGUGCUUGAACCUUAAUAAUUUGGAAUCAACAAAUCUUUCAAUUGUGAAAUGAAACCAAUUUUUGAUUUGUAUGUAUAUUUGUAUGUGGUGAUGCCACCAGCCAAGAGCAAAUCAAAAGGCCUUUACCUUUCUGUACCUUUAAUGAAGUACCAUGUUUUCGAUGAUUUUGACUAUGAAAGAGGUCUAAAGCACUAUGCUAUUCACUUGGCUCAUUAAAACAGUUGUACUUUCAAGUUUUACCCAUUGUCCCAUAGUAUCUAAUACUACUGGAAUGUAAAUAUUCUCAUCCCGGCAAUUUAAGGUGACGGUGCCUUUAUUUGAAAGGAAAUACCUUGGGAUUUCACUGAGUAUCUCCUGCAAUUCUUUUGUUGAUUAAAUAGGGUUAGAAAAAUACAAUGUUCCGAAAGUUUGGAGUUUGUCUUCCCAUAACAUUGUUCCUCGGCAGCACCUAUCUAUACUCGUACUGAAUAAAAAAUGGAUGACAUUUUUAUUUAAAAAAAGCUGAGUUGAACGAUCAGAACACAAGAAAUCUUGUCUUAAAAGGCACUCGAACCUGAAGCGAUUUCGGGUUCAUGUAAGGAAUAAAACGAUUGCAGUGACAAAAGCAAUAGAGACAUGUGAAGAGUUUAACACUACACAUCUCAAAUGUGAAUGUAAGCCUGAUAGCAAAGCCUGUUCCGAGCUUGGUUCUAAAAGCGACCUUUCUGUGUAAAAGUGUGAAUAGUUUCAGAAGUACGCAAAACGGAGCGCACUGGUUCACUACGGUAUCAGCUGGACUUUGUGUGUUGCCUGUUGUAUAAUUCAUGAACAAAUGUCAUGGGUCAGAAUCUUUCGAUAUUUGAAAAUGUAUAGUCUAUUUGUUUUGUAACAAGGUCUGUAAAUAAAAAUAAUUUAUACUGUUAUUUAUAACAAA